CGCCCGCCCGCCCCGCGAUGAUGGGGCAGUGAGCUUUCCCAAAGCACGAAGUUCCUCUGGAGAUUCUGCGUGGUUCUUCUUCGUUUCCUCCCACCACUUCAGCCCGUCGGGUGUCUUCGCGCCCCGCUCGCAGCAUGUUGCGGGUCGUAGUGGAAUCGGCCAAAGGUCUCCCCAAAAAGAAACUGGGGCUCCCGGAUCCAGUGGCCUCCGUCAUCUUUAAAGAUGAGAAGAAGAAAACCAAGUCGAUUGACAGCGAGCUGAAUCCUGUGUGGAACGAGGUGCUUGAGUUUGAUCUGAAGGGCGUCAGCUUGGACUCCAGCUCCUUCGUAGACGUGAUUGUGAAAGACUAUGAAACCAUUGGGAAAGAUAAAUUCAUAGGCACGACCAAAAUCUCUCUGAGAGACCUCGCCUCGGGUCAAAUGAGGUCACUGCCCUCCAAGAAUGUCCCGCUGCUCAACGAAAGUGGACAGAGCAUCGGAGCUACAAUCGACGUUGCGAUUGGCUACAACCCUCCGGCCAACGCUGCACCAAACCCCAACGACCCGUCGGGAGACGCCACCGUGGACGGCGGCGGCGUCGGCGGUGGCGGCGGGGAGGAGGGGGAGGCGGGGGGCGAGACUUCCCCAGACGGGGGCCAAAGCGGCUCCGCGGGGGUCCCCUCGUCCGCCGGUCAGCCCGUUGGCCUCCGCCGGAGGAUGACCCGCGGGCAGAGCGCCCGGCGACUAGUCGAUAAGCCGCAGGACUUCCAGGUCCGAGUCCGAAUCAUCGAGGCCCGACAGCUUUCUGGAAACAACAUCAAACCAGUGGUGAAGGUCAACGUGUGUGGACAGACGCACAGGACGAGGAUCAAGAAGGGAAACAACCCCUUCUUUGAUGAGAUGUUCUUCUUCAACGUCCACAUGCUCCCUUCGGAUCUGUUUGACAAGCACGUCAGCUUCCGGGUAUACGAUUCGUAUUCGCUGAGGGCCGACAGUCUCAUGGGCGAGUUCAAGCUGGACGUUGGCUACGCUUACGACGAACCCGCCCACUGUGUCAUGAGGAAGUGGCUCCUGCUCAAUGAUCCAGAUGAUUCCAGCUCCGGGGCCAGAGGUUACCUCAAAGUCAGCCUCUUCGUGGUGGGAGCCGGAGACGAGGCGCCGGUGGAGAAGAGGGACUCCUGCGACGACCAGGACGACAUCGAGAGCAACCUGCUGCUGCCCGCCGGCGUGACCCUGCGAUGGGCCACAUUGUCUCUGAAGGUGUUCAGGGCGGAGGACGUUCCCCAGAUGGACGACACAUUCGUCCAGACCAUGAAGGAGCUGUUUGGAGGACAUGGGAACAAGAAGAACCUCGUGGAUCCCUUCUUAGAGGCUCGCUUUGCCGGCAAAAAGCUGUGCACUCGGAUCAUCGAGAAGAAUGCGAACCCAGAGUGGAACCAAGUGCUGAACCUCCAAGCCAAGUUCCCCUCCAUGUGUGAGCGAGUCAAGCUGACCGUCUUUGAUUGGGAUCGAUUGACAGGAAACGAUGCUAUUGGCACUGCAUACCUGAACCUGGCCAAGAUCGCCUCCUCUGGUGGAGAGAUAGAAGAGGAGCAUGCAGGAAAUGUGGACAAAACGUCAUACGAAGCCAACACGGGGGAGUCUGAAAUGGGCUUCCUGCCCGUCUUCGGGCCCUGCUACGUCAACCUGUACGGGAGCCCCCGAGAGUUCACCGGCCUGCCUGACCCCUACGACGAUCUCAACUAUGGCAAAGGAGAAGGCGCGGCGUACCGGGGACGCGUCCUGGUGGAGCUGUCCACUAAGCUGGAGGGGAAGGCGGACAAAACCGUGGACGACCUCCAUAGCGACGACAUCCUGGUGGUGCAGAAGUACCAGAGGAGGAGGAAGUACAGUCUGUGUGCCGUCUUCCACAGCGCGUCCAUGUUACAAGAGCCAGGAGAGCCAAUCCAGUUUGAGGUCAGCAUCGGUAACUAUGGCAACAAACUGGACGCCACCUGCAAACCGCUGUCCUCCACCACGCAGUACAGUUGUGCCGUAUUUGAUGGUAACCACUACCACUACCUGCCCUGGGUCAACACCAAGCCUGUGGUGGUCGUUCUCUCAUGCUGGGAGGACAUCAGCCACCGGCUGGACUCCGUCAACAUCAUCCUCUACAUUGCUCACCGCCUGCAAUCCAACCUGGAGUUGUUUAAAGUUGCCAUCUCUGCUAAAGUCUCUGACAACCAGCUGGUGGAGGUUUGGCUGAAGUUGCUCAAUCAGCUGGUGGAAGACAUAGAAAAUUUCCCAGGACCGCAGCUGGACGGGCGACCCAACCUGACAGCGCUGGACCUUCAAAUCAAGAAGCUGCGGGACGGCGCUUUGGCCAACAUCAGGGACGGAGCCAGCCGCAUGCGGGCGGAGGCCACCGAGAUCCGCGACACUCUGCCUGACCUGGAGUCCUGGGCGCAGAAGCUCUCGCUGCUGGCCGAGGAGCCCCAGAACAGCAUGCCUGAUGUGAUCAUCUGGAUGCUCCGGGGGGAGAAGAGGGUGGCCUACAGUCGCAUCCCAGCCCACCAGGUCCUCUACUCCACGUACAGCGAGCAGGCCUGUGGUCGCCACUGUGGAAAGACACAGACGGUCUACUUACAGUACCCCAUGGACAAGAACAAGGGCAAGAAGGUGCCGGUUCAGGUUAGAGUCAACAUGUGGCUGGGUCUGUCUGCAAACGAGAAGAAGUUCAACUCCUACACCGAGGGAACCUUCAGCGUGUUUGCUGAGCUGUACGAGAACCAGGCCCAGGUGUUUGGGAAGUGGGGGACAACCGGACUAGUGGGGCGCCACAAAUUCUCCGAUGUAACGGGCAGACUGAAGCUGAAGCAAGAGUUCUUCAUGCCCCCGAGGGGCUGGGAAUGGGAAGCUGAUUGGUUCAUUGACCCGGAGAGAGCUCUCUUAACAGAGGCGGACGCAGGACACACGGACUUCAUGGACGAGGUUUACCAAAACGAGACCCGCUUCCCCGGCGGGGAGUGGAAGGCUGCCUCCGAGCCGUUCACCGACGUGAACGGGGAGAUGAGUCGAAACCCUGCAGAGUUUGAAUGUCCUGCGGGAUGGACGUGGGGGGACAAGUGGACGGUGGACGACAACCGAGCUGUGGACGAUCAAGGUUGGGAGUACGGAGUCACUAUUCCACCCGACGACAAGCCCCGGUCCUGGGUCCCUGCGGAGAAGGUCUACCACAUCCACCGCCGGAGGAGGCUCGUCCGGCCCCGCACGAGAGCGGCACCUCCUGCAGGAGCCCCUGUGCAGAAGCGGGACCAAGGGGACCCGGAGGGCUGGGAAUUCUCCUCUCUGAUUGGCUGGAAGUUCCACCGGACGGAGCGCUCGUCGGAUACUUUCCGUCGCAGGCGCUGGCGGCGGAAGAUGGCACCAGAGGAGCGGCUUGGAGCGUCCGCCAUUUUCCAGCUGGAGGGGGCACUGGGUGUCGAUACCGAGGAGAAAGGCUCGAAGGCCGACGUCACCAAGAUGUUUGGUGCCAACACGCCCACCGUGUCCUGCUCCUUCGACAGGUCCUAUAUGUACCACCUGCGUGUCUACGUCUAUCAGGCCCAGAACUUGGCAUCUAUGGACAAAGACAGUUUCUCCGAUCCGUACGCACACGUCUCCUUCCUGCACGUUAGCAAGACAACGGAGAAGCUGAAGGCCACUCUGAACCCCACCUGGGACCAGACUCUGAUCUUCAAUGACGUGGAGAUUUUCGGAGACCCCCAGAACGUUGCUCAGCUUCCUCCUGAUGUUGUCCUGGAGUUCUUCGACAAUGACCAAGUGGGGAAGGACGAGCCGCUGGGCCGCAGUGUUUGCACGCCGCUGGUGAAGUUGCAUCCGGGAAUGGAUCAGACACCCAAACUGCUCUGGUACCCCAUCAUCCAGAAAGGUCAGAAGGCCGGGGAGGCACUGCUGGCGGCAGAACUCAUCCUCAAGGACAAGUCGGGCGAAACGGAUCUUCCCCUGUUUCCCCCCAAGAGAGCAGAAAGCCUCUACAUGGUUCCUCAGGGCAUCCGUCCCGUGGUGCAGCUCACUGCCGUGGAGAUUCUGGCGUGGGGCCUGAGGAACAUGAAGCCGUACCAGCUGGCCUCGGUGUCUUCUCCCAGCCUGGUGGUGGAGUGUGGGGGGGUGAGGGUGGAGUCAGCGGUCAUCAAGAACAUGAAGAAGAGCCCCAACUUCCCCAGCUCUGUCCUCUUCAUCAAAGUGCUCCUUCCUAAGGAGGAGAUGUACACACCUCCCAUCGUGCUGAAGGUGAUUGACCACCGUCCGUUUGGCAGGAAGCCUGUGGUGGGUCAGUGCACCAUCACUACACUGCAGCAGUUCAGGUGUGACCCAUACGUCAUCACUGCAGAGGGAGCCAUGUCCUCCAAGAUGGCGCUGAUGGCUUCUCCUUCCAAUCAUCUCGCUAUUAACAUGGAGGAGAAGAGACCACUGCUAGAAGUUCAGUUCUUGUUCAGUAUGUCGGCUGCUCUCGACAAAAUGGCCCCACAUACCUCCCACUUUCUUGAAGAGAAGGAAAAGGAGACUGUCGAUUGGUGGAGCAAAUUCUACGCGUCGACCGGAGAGCACCAGAAGUGCGGCCCUUACCUCAAAAAAGGCUACGACACCCUCCGAGUGUACGACUGCGAACUCGAGGACGUGCCGGAGUUCAAAGGCCUGACGGACUUCUGCAGCACCUUCAAGCUGCAGCGCGGCAAGAACGAGAACGGCGACGACGACCCGUCGGUGGUUGGGGAGCUGAAGGGUUCGUUCAAGGUGUACCCCCUGCCAGACGACCCGGGCGUCGCCCCCCCGCCCCGUCAGUUCAGAGAGCUGCCGGAGAGCGGCCCUCAGGAGUGUCUGGUCAGGAUCUACGUGGUCCGGGGCGUUGACCUGCAGCCCAAAGACAACAACGGCCGAUGCGAUCCUUACGUAAAGAUCUCACUGGGUAAGAACACACUCGACGACCGAGACCAUUACCUGCCCAACACCACCAGCCCCGUGUUCGGAAGGAUGUUUGAGAUGACGUGUUUCCUGCCUCAGGACAAGGAUCUGAAGAUCUCCGUCUACGAUUAUGAUCUCCUGAGUCGCGACGAGAAGGUGGGCGAGACGGUGAUUGACCUGGAGAACCGCUUCCUGUCCAGAUACAACUCCUACUGCGGCCUGCCACAGACCUACUGCAUUUCUGGCAUCAACAAGUGGAGGGACCAGCUGAAGCCGUCGGAGGUCCUGGACAACUUGGCUCGUCUGAAAGGUCUGUCCAAACCCCGGACGGAAGACAACGGCACGUCGCUGGCAUUCAACGGCAGAGAAUACACUCUGGCUGAGUUUGAGGCCCACACGGAGGUCCACGAGCACUUGGGUCCGGCCCGGGAGCGCCUGUGCCUGCACGUGCUACGGGAACAGGGACUCGUCCCCGAACACGUGGAGGCCCGGACCCUUUACAGCUCCUUCCAGCCCAACCUCUCUCAGGGACAGCUCCAGAUGUGGGUGGACGUUUUCCCAAAAAGCAUCGGCCCCCCCGGACCUCCCUUUGACAUCACGCCGCGCAAGCCGAAGAAGUAUUUCCUGCGGGCCGUCGUCUGGAACACCACAGACGUGACGUUGGAUGAGACCAGCGUCACGGGAGAGCACAUGAGCGACAUCUACGUCAAAGGCUGGAUGCCGGGCAUGGAGGAGAACAAGCAGAAGACGGACGUUCACUACAGGUCUCUGGACGGAGACGGGAACUUCAACUGGAGGUUCGUCUUUGACUUCGAGUACCUGCCGGCCGAACAGCUCUGCCUGGUUUCCAAGAAGGAACAAUUCUGGAGUCUCGACAAAACCGAAUUCAGGAUUCCGCCCAAACUAAUCGUCCAGAUUUGGGAUAACGACAAAUUCUCCCUGGAUGACUACCUCGGCUCCCUGGAGCUGGAUCUGCGUAACCUGGUUGCUCCUGCAAAGAGCCCAGAGAAGUGCUCUCUGAAGAUGAUGGAUGAUCUGGAAGUGGGAGCUCCACACAAACUGGAAGCGGCAAAGUCUCUGUUUGCUCAGCAGUCGGUCCGAGGCUGGUGGCCAUGUUCCAUUGAACAGGGUGGAGAGAAGGUCCUGGGCGGGAAGGUGGAGAUGACGCUGGAGAUUAUAGGUGAAGAGCUCGCGGACGAGAAGCCUGCAGGAAAAGGCCGGGACGAGCCCAACAUGAACCCAAAACUGGACCCUCCAAAACGCCCGGACACGUCCUUCUUUUGGUUCACCAACCCGUGUAAGACCAUGAAGUUCAUUGUGUGGAAAAGAUUCAGGUGCCUCUUCAUCGUCCUCAUCCUCCUCACCAUAGUCGUGCUCUUCCUCGCCAUCCUGCUGUACUCGCUGCCGAACUACAUCUCGAUGAAGAUCGUGAGACCACUGCAAUAACCCCGAGCAUCACAGCUCCCGCCGAACCAUUUCUCUUGUGUUCUGCCUGUAGUACUUUAUAAAUGUGCAAGCACCCUUUCCCGUUUACACAAGUGCACUAUAUUAUCACAUUUUACAAUGAGCACUUUCUCUCAGCAGCAAAGCAUGAAAUUGUUUCCAAAGAGCUGAUUUUAUCUGAGACUCACUCACACUGAGGGAGGAAACACGAGAACGGUUUAAUCACGACCUCCUGUAGUUCAAUCCAACGAGGCUGGAUGACUUCACAUUUAACCUAAGGUGUCUUCUAUUUCAUAGCAUUCGAUGUAAAUUGGGAUAAGCGGUUAUUGUCACUACGGUAGUAUUUGUUAUAAAACUGUUGCAUUACAUUGUACGUGGGUUUCAAAUCAUGUGCCAAAGACUUCAGCCUCAUUCACGUUUGUGUGUUGGCCGUUGCGUGUUUUUCACAAUAAAAACAUUGUUCAACUUU